UAUAUAUAAGUAUGAGGUUGUCAUAGGCCAAAGGGAUUCUUGAACAGAACAAGUGAGAAAUGGAGAUGAGGAAUGUAAUAAGGGCAGUUGUGUUGGUAGUGUUGGCUGUGGGGAUGCUGACGGAGAGAUCUUCUGCCUCUUUCAAAGACUGCUACACCAAAUGCUUUAUUUUCUGCAUGAUUGAACCUUCUCAGACACUGUGUUCAUGCACCACCCACUGCUUGAAAGACUGCAUCUUCCAAGAAGUACAGAACGAUCUCCGUGAAGAUUCAGACAACCUUGCCUUCUGCAAACUUGGCUGCGCCUUCUCCAUGUGCUCAGGUUUCAGCAGUAAACGUACUCCCAAUGGGGAGAAGGUUGAUGACUGUGUGGGAUCCUGCUCGAAUAAGUGCAUCAAGAGCUACGCGUCGCCUUAGAAGAAUUCUCCAUCUUUCGACGUUUAUAGAUCAUUGCUACCGAUUUUCAGUCGAGUUAAUCUUUUUAGUUGUUGAAAUUGAUGUCAACUGAACUACAAUAGUAGUGAUCUCUUUGUUUUGUUAUUACUCAUCUUUCUCAAGUUCAUAGUGCAAAAGACAAACAUCCUAUGUAUUUGAUGGUACAAGAAUUGGGAAGGAUGAAUGCUCUUGAUUACUA